GCUUCCUUGUUGCUAGCAGAAGUAAAUAAAAAAAAAGGGGGAAGUUGCAGAUUGAAAUAAUCGUGGUUUACACCAGUUAUCUGGAAAAAAAUGCCCCGUGGAAGCGAAAUCCCCGAAGGCAUCAGGUCGACAGCUGUCGACCUGCACAAAGCUGGGAAGGGAUACAAGUUCAUUUCAAAGACUUUGGAGAUUCCUCCUUCCACGGUGAGGAGCAUUAUCGUCAAGUGGAAGCGGUUCAACACCGUGGCCACGCUGCCGCGGAGUGGGAGACCCUCCAAGGGGAAUCCUAGGAGGAAACGGAAAGAAAAGCUGGAUGAGGCUGAUCCUGCUGGUCCUGCUAGUGAAAAAGGUGAUGACCCUGAUAAGCCGGAUCUCCUCAGCAAGGUGCUGCUUGCAGCUGGAAACACAGACUCCAACUCCACUGAAUCCAAACCUUCAAAGGAAGAGCUGGUGUCAUCCAGACCAACUCUCCUCAGCGGAGAUAAAGAAAUGAAAGACUUGAACAGCAGCUGUGAAGAGGGUGACAACACGGGACGGUCCGACUCCGACGAAGAUCCGAUGUCCAGUUUCCUGUUUGCCAGAUCCACAGGGGAAGCAGAGGACCAUGAAAGGAUUGAUCAUCCUGGACAAGCUUGUGACACAGAAGAUCCAGAUGAGUCCCAGAAGGAUGAGAGCGCUGUGGAAGAAGACGGCGAUGCAGAACCGUCGGAUACAGACGAAGAAGAUCCGCUGGCCAGUUAUCUUUUUGGAAGAGCGAGAGAAGGGACAGAAGAACAUCCACAACAUGAAAAGCGUAAAAAUUCAGCUUCGUGUGACGACACACCAGAAGACGAUCCCAUGGAGCAGAUUUUUGACCCAAACUUUGACGAUGAAAAGAAGAUUUACGCCGGUUCGUCAGUCAGUGUGAGAGCGCUCCUCCUCCUCCUCCUGGCCUUCAUCCUGAAGCACGACUUGUCAAAAGCAGCCACCAAAGACCUCUUGGCCCUCCUCAACCUCAUGGUGCCUGGAUGCAUUCCCAGCUCUCUGCAGUUCAUAAAGAAACAUUUGACUGACAUUGACAAGAAGACAGAGAUCCACUUGUACUGUCCCAGGUGUGACAACUACCUCGGCGUAGAGCCUGGGACCGAGUGCGGAGUGUGUCAGCAGCGCCUGAGCAAAAAAAGCCUGCUUGAAAAGGCAAACUACUUCCUGGUGCUGCCUUUAGAAAACCAACUGAGGAAGGUCCUCAAACGCCUUCACUCAAAGCUGGGGAAGCAUUUUACAAAGAACGAUUACGUUUCUGACAUCAACACCGGUGGUGAAUAUAAGCACGAAGAGCAGGAGGGCAGUAUUACACUUACCUUCACAUGUGACAGCUCUCCUCUUCUCAACUCAUCCAAGUUUUCAGUCUGGCCCAUCCUGUGCACGAUCAACGAACUUCCGUAUGUGGAGAGGUGUAAAAAUAUUCUGCUGCACACGUUGUGGUUCGGCAAAGGGAAGCCGCUGCUUCAGUGUUUCUUUACGCCGUUCAUUAACGAGCUUCAUAAACUCUCUCACGAAGGCUUUGCUUGGGAAGACGAGAGUGGAUUAGAGCUGAACACCAGCGUGAUGGCGAAAAUCUGCGUCUGCGAUUCGGCGGUGAGGUCAGCGGUGCAGAACUUUCAGCCGUUCAGUUCGGAGUUCGGCUGCGGGUUCUGCUACCACAAAGGAGAGCUGGUUCAGAAGGGCCGGGGUUACACCAGAGUCUAUCCGGUUCAGGUGGACGGAUGUGACCUACGGCACAUGGCUGAGACGGAGCAACUGGCCAUCGUAGUGAUUGAGAAUGGCUAUCCACAAGGUCAAAUGGGUGUCAAAGGUCACAGUCCGCUGCUUCUGCUGCCUUCGUUUGAUAUCAUCAAAGGUUUUAUCCCAGAUUACAUGCACUGUGUUUGUCUUGGGGUUGUUCCUGAGUUUGUCAAUCUUUGGUUGGAUCCUCUUUAUGGCAGAAAGCGCUUCCACCUUCCACCUCAGAGUUUGAAGAACCUGGACAAAGCUUUGUCUGCCAUCCAACCUCCAGAUGAGAUCAGACAAAGACCCCGGCGCCUCAGUGAGAGGAUGCAUUGGGAGGCAUCCGAGUGGCGAGCGUUUGCUCUUCUCUACUCUCCUGUAAUACUGAGGAAGGUUUUACCAAAACUGUACUACGAACAUUGGAUGCUUCUCAUUUCAUCACUUCACAUCCUCCUUUCCCAGUUUGCCUCCCAGGAGGAGAUCAGCUGUGCAGAGCUGUGUCUGGUUCAGUUCGUCUCCCAGGUACCGUCUCUGUACGGACCUGAGCAUUGCUCAUUUAACUGUCACUUGCUGAUGCAUCUCACUGACUGUGCGCGUAACUGGGGACUACUGUGGGCCAACUCCGCCUUCAUCUUUCAGGGUGUCCGCAGCCGACUCCUGCAGAUGUACUCCAGGGCUCAGUCUGCGCCAUCCAACAUCUUCAAGCAGAUAGUUUCCUAUGAUGAGAUUAUCAUGAAAGGAAGCAAUGUGCUGAAGAAUGCUAGUACAGAAAUCACAGACCUGUUUUCUUCCAUGACAAGCUGUGGUAUCCUUACCAAAUCAUCCAACUGCAUCAGUGAAGAUGUCUUUACUUUGGGAUGCGGUUCUCAGAGAUCUCUGACUGUGAGAGAACUUGCUGCAUUGCAGAGCAAAGACACACGGCCCGUUACUGAAUACGCACGUUUUGUCUACAAAGACAUGCUGGUCACCACUUUGGACUACAGCGUCUCUUGCAAAAGGAACAACUCGGUUAUAGAAACAACCAGUGGCUUUGUUCUCGUAGAGUCCGUGGUGGCCGUCGAGAGGCAUUGCAGCUGUGAGAGAUCGUCCGACUGCUCCUGCAGAGAUCUGAUUGCUUUCUGCAGGAAACUGCUUCCCUCAAACUCCCAACCAACAAUCCAGAACAAACAGAUCAACAGAAACAUUGCAGAGUUCCUCGUAAGAGUGAGGAGUUCAGAUGAACUGCGCGCAGUGACAUGUCGGGACAUUGUUGCCAAAUGUUUUGUGAUGGAGCAGAAGGGUCGUCUAUAUGUUAUGAAAAUGCCAGUGUUAUAAGAGUUCCUUUUCCUUGUCGUAUAGUUUGUUGUGUUUCCACAUUCACACAAGAUUUGUGUGAUAAGCUUAUUUUCUGUGAUAUGAUUAAGUAUUUAGUAAAUUCAACCAUCCUGCAUUUUUAGCAGUGUUGGCUUGUUUACAUGGUGAGUUCAAGAUGCUCUACCAGAAAGAAAAAAAUUUCAGGACAUGGCUUUGACCUUUCAAAGAAGUUUUAUCUGCCUCUGUUCCAUUGUCCAUUCAACAGAAGGCACCAAUUCCCAGAUUCCUGUCCUGGUCUCCAGACUGCUUCUACUGACUUUUAAUGGAAUACCUCUUAGAAAUGGCAUUAUAAUGAAUUUUAUGGAUUCUGUGCCUUCAACAUACUCAUAACACAGAUCUAUUAAGUGUAAUCAGUCCUGUCACUGAAACGUUUUCCAUUCAAUCACUGUAGUUGUGAAGAAAAAAAUAUCAAAAGAAUCAGGACCAAAGAUCAAAUUUGAACAUUCAAUCAGUUUCUUCCAAAGGUAUAUAACCAAGGUUUCUUAUAGAGAGACUGUGUGGAAAACCUAAUUUGAACCUUACGCUGCUCACCCUGAUGAAGUAAUGAUAUGCAACACCUAUCUGAAAAGGUUAAGGAACUUAAAUUGUCCAAUUCCUUUAUCGGCAAUUUGCUGAAAUCUAUAGUGUCUUCAGGUGAUUGUUGCCACCCAGUUGCGAUGAAAGGGUAACCAUCGCAAGAGUGAGAUCAGCAAAAACCUUUGUGUGACUCAUUGGUUUGAACAACCCUGCAGACUUUGCUGACUUAGUUGUAUCCUUGGAUGAAGUCUUCGAUGAGAUGAAAACAGUGAGUGUUUUCAAGGAGUGAAAAAAGGUGAUCAGGGCAAGCUGCUACGAGCAAAUGCUACCAGAUGUCAAAAAGUUGGUUUGUUGCUAUCCAAGCACAUCUUGUACGUACUGAGAAAUAUUGAUUCUCACCUCAAAGUCAAAGAGUUUGAUCUCCAGUUUGGUGUGAAGUGUAAAGUGGUCAGAAAGACAGUAAGCUGAACUAAGUCUGAGGGCAUAGUUGUCAACUGGAAGAAGAUUGAGCACUCCUACCGCAUUGGGGCAGAGUGUACCUCCAGGAGAGAAGUUUAACCAUGUUAAUGUCUUGUAAUGAUAAGAAGGCGCAAGAUAUAGACAUACACACACUGGUACUGCUUGGGUCUGUCGCAGAGAUCCAGGAUAUGGAUCAUAAUUGAAUUUGGAGAAGAGCCCUGCUCCUGUUUUGAUUGGACUACAUCUGAAUUGCCUGGACGUGUUGUCUAGAGGUUGUCUGGACGUGUCCUAUUGGGAAGAAGCUGCAGUGCAGAACCAGCAUUUGGUUGAGGGUCUGUAUGUCCCUUUUGACCUGUGAACCCCUUGGGAUACUGCAGAAUGGUUUUGAGAGUGGUGCAGGAACCUCAGUGACCCAAUCUCAGAAAAAUAGAAGGCAGAGUAUGAACUGAACGACUGAAUACCCAAUGGUGUGGAGUAAGAGGGGCAAACACUGCUAUGAACAACUUUUGUACAUUUGCUCAUUGGAUGGACUUAAAGAGAACUGAAAUGACACGACUGGCUUUGUGAGGAUGAUGCCUUCCGGGUUUUCUCUGGUUGGUUCAAAAAUCCCAGCUCCCAUCGAUAUGCUGGGAGCUGGGAUGCUCAGAAAGACACUGAUGUAGUCUUGAUGAAACAUACCCUCCAGAGCUUCUCAAACCAUCUGGUGUCAUUAAGGUUCUCAACACAACAGCAGCAGCAGCAGCAGGACAAAUCAGGCUUUUUGAUAAGAUCCAUACCACCAUUCUGGUUAAUGCCAUAGAAGCUCCUUGUUUGACCACCAGGAGUCUUGUUUGGACAGAAACUCUUAGGACAUGAAUUCAAGAGGUGCUGCUUUGGAUCCAGUUCUACAGAGAAAAAGUCUCUAAGACUUUCAACAUAAUCACUAACUUCUCAUGACGGCAGCUGAAGCUGAGAGAUUUUUCAAGAAUAAAGAUGGUCCUUUGUGUUGCACCAGGCCAGGAGAGUCUCAUCAUAGUCAUGAAUACGUAUUGAGCGCUGAGUCCUACUUUACGUCACCGCCAUCUUGUAUGUGGCAGUAGAAUGACCGGAGUGACAAUGACUUUGUUAAAUCAAGUCAUUUCUCACUAAUAUAUAAAAAAAUAAAUACAAGAAAUGUUUUUUUCUUGUCUUGAAAUGUUCAAUGUACAUUAAAUUAUUGAAUUAUGUAAAUAUGUUUUUUGAUACAACACUAAAAGUGUGGGUCUGUUCAUUAAUGUCAACAUAAAAAUGAUCAGAAUAAUUUCUAUAAAAUAAAAACAUUGUUCUCUGUGUUCAGAAAUCCCCCAAAACAAUUAAAUAAUCACAUCAAAAGUUAGAAACUGUCUUUAGUAAUUUCUUUGAUUAUCAAAUAUAUUACUGUGUGUGAGAUAAUGUGUCAAUGACGGCUAUUAACUUAAGAUACUUUGUAGAACGACUCUUUCUGACGUUUGGUCCAUUUACUUGAAUUAGCUUACUGCCUCAUACGCCACAUUCAAUAUGGCGGACGCUGUGACGUAUCGCGUCAACGGGCCGACCCGCUCCAUGAGGCAUCUACGUCUUCAUGUCUACGGUCUCAUCAAUCGGAUGAUUAUUGAUCACCUUGCUGCUUUCAAAGAGAGACAGGCACACGUCACUCACUCUCACACUAGUGUUAAAUGAUUACCAAUUUAAGUAUGGUGCAUGUUUCAGUUUUCCUUUUCUUAAGGAACUUGUAAAAAGAUUGUAAAAUAUGUCAUGAUACCAUAUUCCAGUGUUUUAAUGUUUACAUACUUCAAUAUUUGUUUUUAUUAUACUUUAUCAAUCAGAUGCUGCUUUUAAUGCCACAUGUUAAGUUGUUCAUGUACUUUUGUGAUUUUUUUUUUUAUGAACAUUGAUGACUGCCCUUUUUAUAACUAAUGUUCCUGUUAAAAUGAAAUCUGUGUGAAUUUUGUUGUGGUUGUUUGGACCUGGGAUCAUCUUGUUCUUCUGUUUGUGGUUUUAUAUGUAAAAAAACCCAACAAAAAACAGUAACUGACAGUGUUGAGCUAUUUCAGAUUCCCCAGGUUUGCUGUGUGGUUUUAUGCUUCUUAAAUAUCAAAAUUAUGUUGCAUUUUUAGUGUAUUGUGAAACAUUUGUGUACUUUGUAUUAACUUCAAUUUAACUUUAAUGAUGUUUACAAUGUUUUCAGUGAAGAACUGUAAAUAUAUUGUUUUAAAUCCAAUUUUGCCAUAUUCUUUAAUAAAGCUCACAGGGUAUAUCAAAAUCAUCUGGUAAAACAGCUUCACAUAAGUUUACAUUUCAAAAUGGUUCAGGUGUUUUCAAUAAACAAUUUGCAGAAUAGUUGUUUAUAUCCUCCUAACUAUUGGUGCUUAGCGUAGCUUAGCUUACAGGUUUCACACUACAGAAAUAGCAUUUAAUGAACAUCCACAAAAAUUGCUUAAAUGUUGACUUGGACAGACGGUUUAGGUGUUGAACUAGCAACCCACGACUGCAACAUUAUAUGCUAAAAUAUGUAUGUGUGGAGCGAGAGAAUUAAAGUCCAAACCUUGUUAAAGAGAGAACAAAAUACAGCUUUAUUACAUCUGCGCAGAUGGAGAGCACAACAGUUAGACUGUUCAGAAAAGCUCUAACUAGAAAAGGAAAACGCCUCUGAUGUACCGGAAACUGUCCUUGAUACACAGAUACCUAUGAUAGCAUCCAAGAAGCACAGCACUCCAUGCACAGACAUAAUGUCUGUGGAGAAAAAUGCAACCUUCAGUAGAAAACAGGUUUCAGGCAGUUUAUUAGACACAGUUUCUGUGUCUAAUAAUAAUCUAAUCGCCCAGCCGUCGAGUCUGGUCUGUCCCUGUGACGUAGAAAACUAUUUGCUUAUCACCUGUUGCUAGGCUUCUGGCUCACUGAGGCAAACUUUGAAGGCCAAAAGAGAAACAACAACUCUGUAAGCCUGAAAAUAAAUUGAUUAA